AUGACUAGAUCUGUGAACGCUACCUCCAGAGACUUCCAUGGAAUUCAGUCCGAUACUUCAUUUGCAAACUUACUCCUAUCACUUUCUGUCGUCGAGCCUAUCCCGAAAUUGUCUUCACAGUCAUUGCCGGCACGCCAUGAGAUUACACCGCUUCUGCAACAUUACUUUGACAAUUUGUUCACCCAAAUGCCUUUCUUCAGCGAGACAAAUUUCUGGACCUCCGUGGAUACUGUUUAUCAGGCUGGUGGUCGCUUUGCCAAGCCUAGUGACCAUUGGUUUCUUCGUUUGGUACUAGCAAUAGCUUCUGCAUCUAUAUCUCAUGAGAGCGGGGAUAGGAGCCAUCAGAGAGCUUUAUCUUUAAUUUCGGGAGCUUUGCCGUUCGCCGAGGAUGUUCUCCGCCCUGGAUCUGUUGUGGGCAUUCAGGCCAUACUACUGCUUGCCCAGUAUUCCCUCCUUGACCCUAAACAUUUUCGUGCGUGGUACCUCGUAGGAAUGGCCGCCAGGGCCUUGGUGGACUUAGGCUUACACCAGGACCCCCCUUCGGAGGUUCUGCCGGCCGAUGAACAGUUGGAUAUGCGCCGGCGUGUGUUCCACUGUGUUUACUGCAUGGACAGGAGUGUGAGCACUGCUUUAGAGAGAACUUUUUCAUUAUCGGAUGACUCUAUAAAUGUUGCCCUGCCAUCCACAUCUGGGUCUGCGAUGACAGGGAACAGUCAUAUCUUCUUACACAGUUCGAAGCCUGCGUGGGAGAUAGUCGAAAUCAGGGAGAUCCUAUCCUCGGCUUAUCAGACAAAGUAUUUUGAUGCCGAUGGCUUGUCUUUGGAGUCGGCGUGGCAACUGUGCUCAAGAGCUCGGGAAUGGUUCGAUAAUACACCUAAGAAUGUACCGAACUAUUUUCCAGUACUCUACAGAUCAGAGCUACUGUAUACCACGAUUAUGAUUCUUUCACCCUCACAGGAUUACUCCAAACUAUGUGAUUAUGGGAAGGUUCUACUCUUCGAUCGCUGCAUACAAUACGCCGCUGAACUUCAUCACAUCAUGGGAACACGAAACUGGUUACCUUUAAUGACUUCUCUCGAUAUUCGACGAAUUUAUCAGGUUAGCCGGCGACUUGUAGAUAUCCUACAGCAAAACUGCGAACUUGUCCUCAGCCCGUCCGUGCCCGUGCUUCCCUCUCUAUUCCAUGACAUUCCAAAACCGCCUAUGUUGGAGGUCUGUAACACUGUCAACUGCCAUGGCCGUGCUAUUGAGUGCCUAGAUCACAUCCAGAAGCUGCUACAAUUCGGUGCGAUAAAAUGGGAACUCAACGACCUUCUCGACGGUUUUCAACAGGACUCAGCAUCCGUCUGGAAACAACUGAUGGAUACUCCCGUUUCUUAUCUCCCGGGACCUGGUGCCUACAUGGCUGGCCCACGUACGAUUGUACCUGGCGCGGGGACUGUGUAUUCUGACCUUACUCUAGGGCAUUAUAAUCCUAAUGCCCGGUGAAGGGCCAACCAAUGUUUUUCUUUCUUCUAUUCUUGCUCUUUGCUGGUUAUCCAAUGUUGCUCCCCUAGUUUUGGUGGCAAGGUCUCGAUGUCAUGAUUUCCUAUCUUCGAGUUAUCGUGUUGAGCUUUUUGCCUAUCCUGAAAGCUCUAGGUCCCUGACAAUCUGGCUUGCUGAGCUCCAUUUUCAAACACUGAUUGACCUGUUGAUCCUUAUCCUCUUCUUUCAUCCUUGUUCAUUUUUCCAAGAAACUCAGUCGCUGUGUGGUGCGGAACGAGCGCGAUGUAGCAGGUGAAACUCAGCAUAUCCUCGUGAGUGGACUUUGGCAUGCGUUUCAGGUGCUCCUGUGGGGGGUUAAAGAAUCAGGGGGUCUACUGUUGCGGUAUGUGGCAACAUCAAGGCUCUGCGAAGCGUAUGGUCUUCUCCUAUCAGUGCCUCAUUUCCUGCGCCCCACUCCCCCCUAGUUCUUUUUGCUUUAUCUAUACGUCUUUCAUGUGUAUGGGUGUACGUGCU